CACAUCCUACCAACUUGUACAGGCAUCAUCUUUCAAGCUCUCUUCCCAUUUUGCCUCUCCACUUUUUCUCCACUUACUAGUCUUUGCAACCUCGCCAUUGUUGUUUGCCAAUGAGGCUUCUUGUGUUCUUGUUUGCUUGCCUCUUGGCAUGUGCCGCUCUUCCACAUUGUGCGGAGGCAGCCAAGGCCAGGCACUUCAAAUGGGAGGUGAGCAACAUGUUCUGGUCGCCGGAUUGCGAGGAGAAGGUCCUCAUCGGGAUCAACGGGCAGUUCCCCGGCCCGACGAUACGCGCCAAGGCCGGCGACACCAUCGUCGUCGAGCUCAAGAACGCGUUGCACACCGAGGGGGUGGUCAUCCAUUGGCACGGCAUCAGACAGAUUGGGACGCCAUGGGCGGAUGGCACGGCGGCGAUCUCCCAAUGCGCCAUCAACCCCGAAGAACACUUUACUUACCGAUUCGUCGUCGACAAGCCGGGGACAUACUUCUACCACGGGCACUACGGGAUGCAGAGGGCGGCAGGGCUGUACGGGUCUCUGAUUGUGGAUGUGGCAGAUGGGGAGGAGGAGCCGUUCAAGUAUGACGGGGAGCUGAACCUGCUGCUCAGCGACUGGUACCAUGAGAGCAUCUACAACCAGAUGGUUGGCCUCUCCUCCAAGCCCAUGAGAUGGAUCGGCGAGCCACAGUCGUUGCUGAUCAACGGGAGGGGCCAGUUCAACUGCUCGCUGGCGGCGGCGCACACGCAGGGAGCCAAGCAGUGCACCGGCGGCGGCAACAAGCACUGCGCCCCGGUGGUGUUCCCCGUCCUGCCCAACAAAACCUACAGGCUCAGGGUCGCCAGCACCACCUCCCUGGCUUCUCUCAACCUCGCCAUCGGGAAUCAUAAGCUGACGGUGGUGGAGGCGGACGGCAACUACGUGGAGCCGUUCACGGUGGACGACAUGGACAUCUACUCCGGCGACAGCUACUCCGUGCUGCUCACCACCGACCAGAACCCUUCGUCCAACUACUGGAUCAGCAUCGGUGUUCGAGGCCGGAACCCCAAGACGGCCCCGGCCCUGGCCCUGCUCAACUACCGGCCCAACAACCGCGCGAUGAAGCUCCCAGCCGUCGCGCCGCCGGCCACCCCAGCGUGGAACGACUACGCGCACAGCAAGGCCUUCACUCAGAGAAUCCUCGCCCGCGCCGGCACACCCCCUCCGCCGGCGACCUCCGACCGCCGGAUCGAGCUCCUCAACACGCAGAACAAGAUGGACGGCGGGAUCAAGUGGUCCAUCAACAACGCGUCCAUGGUGCUCCCCGCAACCCCGUACCUGGGCUCCCUGAAGCUGCUGGGCCUCAAGCCCACGCUGGGCGCGUCGGCCCGGCCCGCGGAGAGCUUCGGCCGGGGCUACGACGUGACCCGGCCGCCGGCGAACCCGAACACGACGGUGGGGGACAACGUGUACGUGCUGGCCCACAACGCGACCGUCGACGUGGUGCUCCAGAACGCCAACGCGCUGGCCCACAACGUCAGCGAGGUGCACCCGUGGCACCUCCACGGGCACGACUUCUGGGUGCUGGGCUACGGGGAAGGCGCCUACAACGGGGACGCCGCCGACGCCGCCAGGCUCAACCUGAGGAACCCGCCGCUGAGGAACACGGCGGUGAUCUUCCCCUACGGGUGGACGGCGCUGCGGUUCGUCGCGGACAACCCCGGCGUGUGGGCGUUCCACUGCCACAUCGAGCCCCACCUCCACAUGGGCAUGGGGGUCAUCUUCGCCGAGGCCGUCGAGCGCGUCGGGGAGGUGCCCAAGGCGGCCAUCUCCUGCGGCGCCACUGCCACCGCGCUCAUGGCCGGCGGCGACCACCCCUGAUUCUGAAUUAGCGUGAGAGCACCUCUUUGGUGUGUGAGCUUCUAUCUGAUCGAGGCGUGUACUUCCUUUCCUUGUGUUUCCAAUUAGUUAGGGUUCUUCGAUUUUUUUUAACCCUUUCUGAGUAAGAUUGUAUUGGUUAAAUAUCAGCGUUUGUGAUUCGUUCGGGUCUGGAUUGAAAUGCAACGGAAUGGUUUGCUCGGCAGUAA